UGCGGGCCACUCGGCCCACUCCCUGUGGUCCCGAGGUGGCCACUGACAACAGCUGUGUGGCAGGCGGCGAGCACUAAUGAGUGGCGAGUGUUGGGCGGGUGUCCGGUGUGUGUCUUCCCUCAAAAAUGGCGUUGAGGAAAGUUAAAGGCAACUUGGAGCGAAUGUUUGAUAAGAACCUGACGGACUUAGUGAGAGGAAUCCGUAACAACAAGGAGAGCGAGCCUAAAUACAUAUCACAAUGUAUGGAAGAGAUCAAGACGGAGCUGCGGCAGGACAACCUUGCUGUGAAGGCCAAUGCCGUUGCCAAGCUCACCUAUUUGCAAAUGCUCGGCUACGACAUCAGCUGGGCUGGCUUCAAUAUUAUAGAAGUUAUGAGUUCUCCAAAAUUUACUUAUAAGAGAAUUGGGUACCUCUCAGCAUCCCAGUGCUUCCACCAGGAUACUGAGGUCCUCAUGUUAACAACCAACAUGAUCCGUAAGGACCUGAACAGUCACAACAUGUAUGAUUCAGGGACUGCUCUUACUGGUCUUGCAUGCUUCAUCAAUGGUGACCUUGCAAGAGACCUGGCCAAUGAUGUCAUGACCCUGCUAGCAUCAACCAAGCCAUACCCGAAGAAGGCAGUGCUCCUCCUUUACAAAGUGUUCCUUAAGUUUCCUGAGGCUCUGAGGCCGGCCUUCCCUCGCCUCAAGGAGAAGUUGGAGGAUCCUGACCCGGGAGUGCAGUCAGCAGCUGUCAAUGUGAUCUGUGAGCUGGCUCGGAAGAAUCCCAAGAACUACCUCAGCCUUGCCCCGGUGUUCUUUAAGCUGAUGACCUCCUCAACAAACAACUGGAUGCUCAUCAAAAUUAUUAAACUGUUUGGUGCCCUCACUCCACUAGAACCCAGAUUAGGCAAGAAGCUCAUAGAACCUCUCACAAAUCUGAUACACAGCACAUCAGCCAUGUCUCUGUUGUAUGAGUGCAUCAACACCGUCAUCGCCGUGCUCAUUUCUAUUUCUUCAGGGAUGCCCAACCACAACGCCUCCAUUCAGUUGUGUGUGCAGAAACUGAGGAUCCUCAUAGAAGAUUCUGAUCAGAACUUGAAGUACUUGGGUCUGCUUGCCAUGUCAAAAAUCCUAAAGACCCACCCGAAAUCUGUUCAGGCACACAAAGAUCUUGUGCUGCAGUGCCUUGAUGACAAAGACGAGUCCAUACGGCUGAGAGCCCUUGAUCUGCUCUAUGGCAUGGUGACCAAAAAGACUGUGAUGGAGAUAGUCCGCCGCCUCAUGACACACAUGGAUCGUGCUGAGGGCACCAUGUACAGAGAUGAACUACUCCAGAAGAUUAUUCUCAUCUGUUCCCAGAACAACUUCCAGUAUAUUACUAACUUUGAAUGGUAUAUAAGUGUGCUGGUGGAGUUGUGCCGUAUGGAGGGAACACAGCACGGGGGACUUAUUGCCAAUCAGCUCAUGGAUGUGGCCAUCAGGGUGGUGGCUGCGGAGUUUACAGUGGGUCAGAUGGCUCUCUUGCUGGACAAUGCACACGUUAUUGUUGGUCCUGCUGCUGCUAGAUCCUCCAUAGCUGAAGUUCUUUAUGCAGCUGCAUGGAUCUGUGGAGAGUUUUCACAAUUAUUGGCAAAUCCUAAAGCCACCCUGGAGUCCAUGGUGCGGGGGAAGGUGGUCUCUCUGCCUGGCCAUAUCCAGGCUAUCUAUGUGCACAACAUGCUCAAGCUGUAUGCCCAUAUUAUAGCCACAGCAGAGGAGGAGGAUGACACCGAAAUGAUAGAGGAGGUAACCAACCUUUUACUGGAGCGUCUGCCAGUAUUGGUGUCAUCAGGCGAUCUGGAGGUACAGGAGCGAGCCUCAUGCAUCGUACACAUUGUAACCUAUGUGCAGAAAUGCCACAAGAAUGGAGAUAAAGUAGGGGCUGAUUUAGCUCUCCUCAUGAUGGGUGAACUUAAUCCAGUGGCUCCUAAGGCACAGAAAAAGGUUCCUUUACCAGAUGGGCUUGACUUGGAUGUGUGGCUCAAUGAUCCACCUUCAGAGAGUGAAGAGGAGGAAGAUGAAGUAUAUAGGAAGGAUAUCUUUGUUAAAGCUGAUUCCUCUUCCAAGCACAAAAAAGAGAAAUAUGAACCAUCUGAGGAAGAGCUGCAAAGACUACGAGAUGUACGCAAAGCAGAGCAAGCCAACAAUCCAUACUAUGUGAAGUCUUCAGCCAAUGCCAAUACUUUACCACAGCACCUUGUUAAAGCAGAAGACAUACCCAUAGAAAACUUGUAUAUGAAUGUUCCUUUGAAGAUACAAGGUAUGACAUCAUUAGAUAAGUAUCAGAUGGUUGAUGGUUGGCAAGAUGGAAAGAAGAGGCACAAAAAACAAAAGAAACGUAGCAAGAAGAAGGAUCGUGCUGUGUCUAGUAGUGAUGAGGAAGCUCCUCCAAUGCAUGUAGUAAAUAGAGAUGUAGGGGAGAUGCCAGAAGGAGCUCAUUUCUCUGAUGACAAUGAGGCAGAUGACCGGCCUGAGGAUGACCCACACAGAGCUCUGGACAUUAAUUUGGAUGAACCUCUAGCUCCAAAUGAAGUUCUACCAACCAGAAGUCAUUAUGAAGCAAAAACUCAAAGAACUGAUGAAGAAGAAGUAAAAGGUUUGCGUUUUGAUGCAAGCCAGAAAAAAUCAAGAAGUAAAAAAGAAAAAAAAGAAAAGAAAGAAAAGUCCAAGAAGGUUAAGAAGGAAGAAAAAAAAUCAAAGAAGAGUUCAAAACGGGGUGAUAAUCUCAUUUUAGAUUUAGUAGAUGAACUUAAAGAAACAACAUUAGAGGAUACAGAGGCAGCUACCCAUGUAAAUGGAAUCGAUAACAGUAAUAAACAAAAGGUUGCAGAUGACUUGGACUUCUGGCUGUCUAGAGAGGAAACAUCUGUCUCUUCAUUACCAGCAGAGAAACAUGAAGAACCUGUGGUAUCAGAUGCUCAGGUAAAGGCUGAUGUUGAAACAGAAAAGACAAAAUCCAAGAAGUCAAAAACUAAGAAGGAAAAAAAGACCAAAAAGGAAAAAGAUAAAUCAGAAAAGAGAAGUAAAAAGAAAGAAGUACAAGAAGCAGAACCUGAAGUAUCAAGUAGAAAUAGGGAAGAAUAUGAAGAAACAAAUGGAACUGUGUCACAAGAACCAGAAAGGACCAAACCUCUACCAUUCCUGAGAAUGCUGGCUGAGGAUUCUAUGCUGAGAAUGAUGUACACAACAGCAGCUAUGGAUGGGGUUAUGAGUGAAGUUUUAGUUUGCAUCAAGUUUGUCAAUCUGUCAUCAAAACCUAUUAGUAACCUCCAGCUCAACCUUCCUGACUCCAAUGCACUUAAGAUGGUCCGCAUGGAUCCCUUGUCAGAUAAUAUUAGCUUCCCAUGGAGCCUAGAAGCAGAAGAAAGCAGGGAGGCUCAACUUUCAUUUACUGCUGAAGAUGUGACCAUUCCUCACAAGCUCAGGGGUUUCCUUUCUUAUACUCAGGAAGGUGCCAGCAGUCAAUUGAAUGUGCGGCUUGUUCCUGUGGUGAAUUUCCUCUCAGGUAAAACCGCAAGCCGCUCUACCUUCACAGAUCUGCUUAGCUCAGGCCAGCUUACAGCAAGGUCUUCCUUCACUGUUCCUGAUUGCCAGCUUUCAUUUUCAGAGAUUCUAGAUGAAAUAACAAAAGGAGGGAGUUUAGCGGUGGUGGAGAGUGUAGACCAAACAGCCUCCAUGUAUGGUCGCUCCCUGCAUGGCCACCACGUUUGUGUACUAGUCAAGUAUCAGACAUCAGGCCGCCUGACUGUUGAUGGAAAGAGCACAGAAGGGACACUGCUUUCCAAUGCUCUGGACCAUCUCAAGACAACUCUUAUGCAGACCAAGUAGUAUCUGUACCAGUUGGGUUUGGAAAUUCCACAGCAUUCUUAAUACUUGUAUUAAAAAUUGAUUUAUGUAAAUAUAAAUUACAUGACUUUUA